AUGGACCGGCACGAGAUGGACGAACUCUUCGGAGCCAUAAGCUCGAGCUCGGAGUCCGAAGUAAGCGGGCCUACUACCGCGCCGACCACGACGCCGCCAACGCCUGCCAAGCCGCCGCCAGCGACCCCGAGCCCGGGACGAUCCCGACGACCGCCGCGGCCCGGGACAUCCGUCCAGCGAUCCGACCAGGCAAACCGGCGGAAGGCGAUCAUCCUGACGACGCCGCCGGAAAUUAAGCCGCGCCGCCGCGGAAGAAUCGCCGCCCUGGCCGACCCCCGGUCGGCUAACAGCCGUCCGCCAGCUGCCAGGACCGGCAAGGCCUCGACAGCCAGGCCACCGACCACCGGACCGCACACCUCCACCGGAGCUCCUAGGACCCGGCCAACGAACACCGGGCCGUAUACAACCCGGCCUGCGAUCGUCGGACCACCUACCGCCCGGCCUGCGAACACCGGUCCACCGACUACCCGGCCCAUGACCGCCGACCCCGCGACUGCUCGACCUACGACCGUCGGACCGCCUAUCGCCCGGCCUGCAACCACCGGGCCAUCCACGCCCGUCGGACCACCCGCCAUCCGACCGCAGACCGCCAGGCCACCUAUCGCCGGGACCAUUCCCGUCCGCUUGGGCGUGGUCGAGGUCCCCGCCGGAUCGGCCAUCAUCGGGCGGAGGUAUAAGGUCCGCACCGCGUCGGGCCGAUGGGUGAUCAGGUUCCACCCAGACGGCCGCCCCCGAGCAGCACGACGCCUCGACGGACCCCCCUGA